GGGAAAGGCAGUUGGAGCGGUAGGGACGAACGGUUACUCACUCCAUGGCUUCUGAAAGGAGAGGCAGUGGCGGCCUCGGCUGAAGAAAGAAGGUGGGAGCGGAGAACGCAGGCGUGGAAGAACACAGAGCGUCCCCUGGCCAGUGCAGACAAAUGGCCUCUGCUUAAGUUCCUCUCCACCGAGGAAAGCUUUUGAGAAGGGAAGGCCUGCCCUCCACAACCUCCCAACCGCUUUGACCCCACACCAGGACUCUGGCACCACUAGUCUAACGGAAAUCAGGACAGGACAGAGCCACAACUCUUCACCCCGGUUUCGUACACGCCCGAUGAUGACUUCUGUCCCGGGCUAACCAGAAAGGCCAUGGGCGCCGAGAGAGCCCCCCAGGCCCAGCCAUGCACCCGGCGCCUCCUUGCCCUGGUCCCCAUCUUUCUGGGCCUGGCGGCCUCCCUGGAAUGGAAGGCUGUCCACAGCCAGGACCCCUUUGAGAGAUGCAUGCAGGACCCCGACUACGAGCAGCUGCUCAGGGUUGUGACCCUGGGCCUCAAUCGGACGCUAAUGCCCCAGAGGGUAAUUGUGGUUGGUGCUGGUGUGGCCGGGCUGGUGGCCGCCAAGGUGCUCAGCGAUGCUGGACACAGGGUCACCAUCCUGGAGGCAGACAGCAGGAUUGGGGGCCGCAUCCUCACCUACCGGGAUGAGAAGACCGGCUGGAUCGGGGAGCUGGGAGCCAUGCGCAUGCCCCAGUCACACAGGAUCCUCCACAGGCUCUGCAAGAGCCUGGGGCUCAACCUGACCGAGUUCAUCCAGUAUGACGAGAACGCGUGGACGCAAGUGAGCGACGUGAAGCUACGGAACUACGUGGUGGAGAAGAUGCCAGAGAAGCUGGGCUAUGACCUGCGCCCCCAGGAGCAGGGCCACUCGCCAGAGUCCAUCUUCCAGAUGGCUCUCAACAAGGCCCUCAGGGACAUCAGGACAAUGGGCUGCAGAAAGGCAAUGAAGAAGUUUGACAGUUACACGCUCCUGGAAUACCUCCUCCGGGAGGGGAACCUCAGCUGGGCCGCCACGCAGCUCCUGGGAGACGUGAUGUCCAAGGAUGGCUUCUUCUACCUCAGCUUCGCAGAGGCCCUGCGGGCCCACAGUUGCCUCAGCGACUACCUUCGGUAUAGCCGCAUCGUGGGUGGCUGGGACCUACUGCCACGUGCGCUGCUGAGCUCGCUGUCGGUGCCGGUGGUGCUGCACGCUCCCGUCACGGGGAUAACACAGGAGACGCACGAGGUGCGCGUGCACAUAGGGACCUCGCACCGAGGCCGGAGUCUGAAGACUAUGGCCGCCGAUGUGGUGCUGCUGACCGUGAGCGGGCCGGCACUGCAGCGCAUUAAGUUCUCCCCGCCACUGUCCCGCAAGUGGCUAGAGGCACUGCACGGGCUGCAUUACAUGUCAGCCACCAAGGUGUUCCUGAGCUUCCGCCGGCCCUUCUGGCACGACGAACACAUCAUGAGCGGCCACUCCAACACCGACCGCCCCUCGCGCAAAAUUGUCUACCCGCCGCCGGGCGAGGGUGCACUGCUCCUGGCCUCUUACACGUGGUCAGAUUCGGCGGCCUCGUUCUCUGGCCUGAGCCUGGAAGAGACGCUGCAGGUGGCGCUUGAGGACGUGGCAGCGCUGCACGGGCCGAUUGUGUAUCGGCUCUGGGACGGCACUGGCGUUGUGAAGCGCUGGGCGGACGAUCCGCACAGCCAGGGCGCAUUUGUGGUGCAGCCGCCGAUGCUCGGGCAAGACGUUGACAAGGAGUACCGGGAGGAGUUCAACUGGGCCAUUCCCUAUGGGCGCAUCUACUUUGCUGGCGAGCACACUGCCUACCCGCACGGCUGGGUGGAGACGGCUGUCAAGUCGGCGCUGCGUGCUGCGAUGUUGAUCAACAGCCAGGAGAAACCUCUGCCCGUGGAAGCAGGGCCUGUGCGCAUGGCGGAGGCACCUGUGGACAGCCACACCCUGUGCGAAUCUGAAAAGGGAGCCCCCCACUGACCAGAUAUAUAUAUGACCACUCCACCCACAACCAGCUAGACGACCUGCUAUUAAAGUAUUUUUGGAAAAA